AUGGAAGGUGCAAAGUUGAGUGGUGUCGUGUGCCUUGGCAGGUAUUAUUGGGCCAGAGACGACAUGUACAUUAGAGCAGUGAACGCUGAGUUCCUGUAUGGUUACGAGUAUCUGGGCAACUCUGGACGUCUGGUGAUCACUCCUCUGACAGACAGGUGCUACCUGACCCUUACGGGGGCUCUGCACCUGAAGUUUGGAGGGGCCCCAGCAGGUCCUGCAGGGACUGGCAAGACUGAGACCACCAAAGACCUGGGCAAAGCCCUGGCCAUUCAGACUGUGGUCUUCAACUGCUCUGACCAGCUGGACUUCAUAGCCAUGGGCAAGUUCCUCAAGGGCCUGGCCAGCUCUGGAGCCUGGGCAUGUUUUGAUGAGUUCAAUCGCAUUGACGUGGAGGUGCUAUCUGUGGUGGCCCAGCAAAUCACCACCAUCCAGAAAGCCCAGCAACAAAGGGCGGACAGAUUUGUGUUUGAGGGAGCUGAGAUUCCUCUAGUGGCCUCCUGUGCUGUCUUUAUCACAAUGAAUCCUGGGUAUGCAGGCCGCACCGAGCUGCCAGAUAACUUAAAGGCCCUAUUCCGACCAGUGGCCAUGAUGGUGCCCGACUACGCCAUGAUUGCAGAGAUUUCUCUUUACUCAUUUGGCUUCAGUGAUGCCAAACUUCUGUCCAAAAAGAUCACCAGCACCUUCAAGCUGUCCUCCGAGCAGCUCAGCUCUCAGGAUCACUAUGACUUUGGGAUGAGAGCUGUGAAGACUGUCAUUUCUGCCGCAGGAAACCUUAAAAGAGAGAACCCGGACAUGAAUGAGGAGCUGAUCUGCCUGAGAGCCAUCCGGGACGUCAACGUGCCAAAGUUCCUGCAGGACGACCUGAAGCUGUUCAGCGGCAUCGUGUCAGACCUGUUUCCCAAGAUCAAAGAGGAACCCAUCGACUAUGGCACCUUGGAGCAGUCCAUCCGCAACAUCUGUGCCAAGAAGCAACUGAAGGACGUAGAUGGUUACAUCACCAAAUGCAUCCAGCUGUACGAGACGACAGUGGUGCGUCAUGGGCUCAUGUUAGUCGGACCGCCUGGCUCAGGCAAAACCAAGUGUUAUGAGAUUUUGGGAGCAGCACUGACAGCUGUGCGGGGACAGCCAUCUGUCAGUGGUGGGGUGUAUGAGGCAGUGCACAUCUUCGUCCUCAACCCCAAAUCCAUCACGAUGGGCCAGCUGUACGGGGAGUUUGACCCGCUUACACAUGAGUGGACAGAUGGCAUUCUGUCCAAUCUGGUGCGUGGUGGUGUGGCAUCCACUGAUGAAGAUAAGAAGUGGUACAUGUUUGACGGGCCGGUGGACGCCGUCUGGAUCGAGAACAUGAACACAGUGCUGGACGACAACAAGAAGCUCUGCCUGAGCUCUGGAGAAAUCAUCAAGCUCACUGAUGAGAUGACCAUGAUGUUCGAAGUGCAGGACCUGGCCGUGGCCUCCCCCGCCACAGUGUCCCGCUGUGGGAUGGUGUACCUGGAGCCUAGCAUCCUGGGGCUCAAGCCCUUCACUGAGUGCUGGCUUCGCACCAUCCCUAAACCUCUGCAGCCCUACGCACAGGAAAUGGACUCCCUUUUCACCCGAUUCCUCCAGGACUCCAUCUCAUUUGUGCGCUCCACAGUGAAAGAGGUUAUCACCUCAAUGGACAGCAACCUCACCUGUAGUCUAUUGAAGCUGCUUGACUGCUUCUUUCAGCCAUUUGUUCCCCGAGAGGGGAAGAGGCUUCCUCCUCAGGAGAAGUUGGAUCGUCUGAGUGAGCUGAUCGAGCCUUGGUUUAUCUUCUCUCUGGUGUGGAGCGUGGGGGCUACCGGAGACGCUGACAGCUGGCAGAUGUUCAGCGCCUGGCUCAGGGACAAGAUGGCCGAAGAGAGAAUCAAGCUGUGUUUCCCAGAGGAAGGGCUGGUGUAUGACUACCAGCUUGAUGAUGCGGGGAUCAGUAUCCUAUCAGAUGAAGAGGAUGAGGACAAAGGGAGAAAGGUGCAGUGGGUCAGCUGGAUGAAGUAUGCAGAGCAGGUGGUCAUCACGCCAGACACCAGCUACUCUGACAUCAUCGUGCCCACAGCAGACACUGUGCGGAUGUCCUUCCUCAUGGACAUGCUGCUGUCCAACAAGAAGCCAGUUCUGUGUAUCGGGCCCACUGGCACAGGAAAGACCCUCACCAUAUCAGACAAGCUGCUCAAGAACAUGCCAGCAGAGUACAUCACUCACUUCCUCAUGUUCUCAGCACGCACAUCAUCCAAUCAGACACAAGAUUACAUCGACAGCAAACUGGACAAGAGGCGGAAGGGAGUGUUCGGACCUCCGCUCGGGAAGUAUUUUAUCUUCUUCAUUGACGACUUGAACAUGCCUUUGCUGGAUACAUAUGGUGCCCAGCCCCCUAUAGAGCUGCUUCGCCAGUGGAUGGACCACGGAGGCUGGUAUGACAGGAAACAAAUUGGUGCCUUCAAGUACCUGGUGGACGUUAACUUUGCGUGCGCCAUGGGGCCCCCUGGGGGCGGGAGGAACCCCAUCACCAUGCGCUUCACUCGCCACUUCAACUUCCUGUCCUUCACUGAGAUGGACAACAGCAGCAAGAAGAAGAUCUUCUCCACCAUCCUAGGCAACUGGAUGCAUGGAAACAUGAGUAAGGACAAAGACAAGAGGCUACCUGAGAUCCUGCAUCUGAAUGAGCCACUGGUGGACGCCACCAUCCGCGUGUACUCCACCAUCACAUGCAGUCUGCUGCCCACGCCAGCCAAGUCCCACUACACCUUCAACCUGCGGGACCUCUCCAAAGUCUUCCAGGGCAUCCUAAUGGCCGAUGUCAUCAAGAUCGAGGAUACAGAGCACCUGCUGCGGCUGUGGUACCAUGAGAGUUGCCGGGUGUUCCAGGACCGCUUGGUGAGCGCCGAUGACCGGCAGUGGUUCGACAAGGUGCUGCAGACCCGCAUUGAAGGGUUUGGAUGCAGCUUUGCUGACGUCGUUCCCUCUCAGCCUGUCUUCUUUGGGGACUUCAUGGCUCCAGGGGAGACCAAAGUCUACCGGCACAUAAAGAGCAGGGAGAAGCUGGCUCAAGUCAUGGAGGAGUACAUGGACGACUACAACCAGAUCAGCACUGCCAAGCUGAAGCUGGUGCUCUUCAUGGAUGCCAUCCAGCACGUGUGCCGCAUAAGCCGCAUCCUGCGCCAGCCCCUGGGCAAUGCCCUGCUGCUAGGGGUCGGGGGCAGCGGGCGCCAGUCUCUCACCAAGCUGGCCAGCCACAUGUCUGACUAUGAGUGUUUCCAAAUUGAGCUGUCUAAAAACUACGGGAAUGCUGAGUGGAGAGAGGACCUCAAAAGCAUCAUGAUGAAAGCUGGCCUAUUGAACGUCCAGAUCACCUUCCUGUUUGUGGACACACAGAUUAAGAGUGAGUCCUUCCUGGAGGACAUAAAUAGCAUCCUGAAUUCAGGUGACGUACCCAACCUGUACGCCAGUGACGAGCAGGAGCGCAUACUGAACGCCAUGAAGCCAGUGGUCCAAGAGCUGGGCCAGCAGCUCACUAAGCCCAACCUCCUGGCUGCCUACAUCAAGAGGGUCCGCAGCAACACACACACCGUGCUCUGCAUGAGCCCUAUUGGAGAGGUGUUCCGGGCGAGGCUCAGGCAGUUCCCCUCGCUGGUAACCUGCUGCACCAUCGACUGGUUCAGCGCCUGGCCAGAGGAGGCGCUGGAGUCCGUGGCCUCCUCCUUCCUCGAAGAGCUGCCAGAGCUGGAGGCCACCCCAGCUACCAUGAAGGGCCUGAGCCUGAUGUGUGUGAGGCUCCACCAGAUCACGGCCAGGAUGUGUGGGCAGUACCUCGCUGAACUGUCACGCCACAACUAUGUCACACCGAAAAGCUACCUGGAGCUGCUCGGCAUAUUCUCUGCCCUCAUUGGCUGGAAAAAGCAGGAGCUGCAUGGAGCUCGAACGCGCAUGAAGACUGGCCUGGAUAAGCUGCUGAGCACAGCAGAGGACGUGAGUAAGAUGCAGGAAGAGCUGGAGAUGAUGAGACCUCUUCUGGAGGAGGCUGCCAAGGACACAGUGGUCACCAUGGAGAAGAUCAAAGAAGACACUGUGGUUGCUGAGGAGACUAGAGUGGCAGUUCAGGCGGAAGAGGCCAAAGCCACAGACAAGGCGCGAUUGUCACAGGCCAUCGCAGAUGAUGCCCAGAAGGACUUGGAUGAGGCUUUACCUGCCCUCGACGCGGCCCUUACCAGCCUCAAGUCCCUCAACAAGAAUGACGUCACUGAGGUGCGAGCCAUGCAAAGGCCCCCACAUGGAGUGAAGCUGGUCAUUGAAGCUGUGUGCAUCAUGAAGGGCAUCAAGCCUAAAAAGGUUGCUGGAGAGAAACCAGGCACUAAGGUGGACGACUAUUGGGAGCCAGGCAAGGGCCUUCUUCAGGACCCAGGAAAGUUCCUGGAGGGCCUGUUCAAGUUUGACAAGGAAAAUAUCCCUGAAUCUGUGAUCAAGCUGGUGCAGCCGUACAUUGACAAUGAGGAGUUCCAGCCCGCCUCCAUCGCCAAAGUGUCCAAAGCCUGCACCUCCAUCUGUCAGUGGGUGCGGGCCAUGCACAUCUUCCACUUCGUUGCCAGGGCAGUGGAGCCUAAACGGCAAGCCCUGCAGGAGGCCGGUGAGGACCUGGCCGCGACGCAGCUCAUCCUGGAUGAUGCCAGGGAGAAGCUGGGCAACGUGGAGGAGGGCAUUGCCACGCUGCAAGCCAAGUACAGCGACUGCCUGGCCAAGAGGGACGAGCUGGACAGCAAGUGCCAGCUGUGCGAGAAAAGGCUUGUCCGCGCUGACAAGCUGAUUGGUGGUCUGGCUGGUGAGAAAGUGCGCUGGAAGGAGACUGUCCAGCACCUGGAGUACAUGGUGACCAAUGUGGCUGGGGAUGUGCUUCUUUCAGCUGCAUAUGUAGCCUACCUGGGUCCAUUCACUGGGGAGUAUCGGGCAGACAUGGCAGAGGAGUGGUUACGGGGCUUUAAGGAGCUGGGAGUCCCCCACACCGAGCCCAGCCUCAUCAGCACUCUGGGAGACAAAGUGAAAAUCCGCUCCUGGCAGAUCACAGGCCUGCCAAAUGAUAAUCUGUCUGUGGAGAAUGGAGUCAUUGUUCAGUACUCCGAGCGCUGGUGUCUGUUCAUUGAUCCUCAGGGACAGGCCAACAAGUGGAUCAAAAACAUGGAGCGGGACAGCGGAUUGGACGUGAUGAAGCUGAGUGACCGGGACUUCCUGCGCAGCCUGGAGAACGCUAUCCGCUUCGGGAAGCCUUGUCUGCUGGAGAACGUUGGGGAGGAGCUGGACCCGGCGCUGGACCCAGUGCUGCUGAGACAGACGUUCAAGCAACAGGGCAAUGUUGUUCUGAAGCUGGGAGACACGAUCAUCCCCUAUCACGAUGACUUUAAGAUGUACAUCACCACCAAGCUGCCCAACCCACACUACUCUCCAGAGAUCUGCACCAAGGUCACCCUCAUUAACUUCACACUGUCACCAAGCGGUCUGGAGGACCAGCUGCUGGGCCGGGUGGUGGCCGAGGAGCGGCCUGACCUGGAGGAGGCCAAGAACCAGCUGAUCGUGAGCAACGCGCGCAUGAAGCAGGAGCUGAAGGAGAUCGAGGACAAGAUCCUGUAUCGGCUCAGCUCCGCCGAGGGGAACCCGGUGGACGACGAGGAGCUGAUCUCCGUGCUGGGCGCCUCCAAGAUCAAAGCCGCCGAGAUCGAGGCUAAAGUGAGGGUGGCGGAGGAGACGGAGCGGGACAUUGAUGCCACCCGACUGGAGUAUGUGCCAGUGGCUGUCCGCACCCAGAUCCUUUUCUUCUGUGUGUCGGACCUCUCCAACGUGGACCCCAUGUACCAGUACUCUCUGGAGUGGUUCCUGCGCAUCUUCAUGAAUGGAAUUGCCAACUCAGAGAGGGCUGCCCUGGUUGAGGAGCGAAUCGUCAACAUCAACGAGUUCUUCACCUUCAGCCUGUACAGCAAUGUGUGCCGCAGCUUGUUUGAGAAGCACAAGCUCAUGUUCGCCUUCCUGGUGUGUGCCCGCAUCAUGAUGAAUGAGGACAAGAUUGAUAUGGCGGAGUGGCGCUACCUGCUGUCGGGAGGAAUGGCCCAACAGCAGCUUCCCAACCCUGCCGUGGCCUGGCUCUCUGACCGUGCCUGGCAGGACAUCCUGGGCCUCAGCGCCAUGCCCAACUUCAGCAUCCUGGCCGACAGCUUCUCUGACCACGUGUUGGACUUCAAGAACAUCUUCGACAGUAGCCAACCCCACAGACAGCCUGUCCCUGGUGAAUGGGAGGAAAACCUGAGCUCCUUCCAGAAGCUUCUGAUCCUGCGCUGCCUGCGAGCCGACUGCCUGACUCAGGGCUUGCAGGACUUUGUGGGUGCACAGCUGGGCCAGCGCUUCAUUGAGCCUCAGACAUCCGAUCUCUCGUUGGUGUUUAAGGAGUCGUCCCCCACCACCGCGCUCAUCUUCGUGCUGUCCCCCGGGACCGACCCAGCCGCCGACCUCUACAAGUUUGCCGACGUCAUGAAGUUCUCCAAGAAGAUGUGUGCCAUCUCUCUCGGCCAAGGCCAGGGGCCCUGGGCUGAGGCCAUGAUGCACGGUGCCAUGGAAAGAGGCAAGUGGGUCUUCUUCCAGAACUGCCACCUGGCACCCAGCUGGAUGCCUUCUAUGGAGCGGCUCAUUGAGAACAUUGACCCAGAAAAGGUGCACAGAGACUUCCGGCUGUGGCUCACGAGUCUGCCCAGCAACAAGUUCCCCGUGUCUGUUCUCCAAAACGGCUCCAAGAUGACUAUCGAGCCUCCCAGAGGCCUCAAGGCCAACCUGCUGAAGAGCUACCUGAGUUUCACUGAUGAAUUCUUCACGUCCUGCUGCAAGGUGUCGGAGUUAAAGUCUCUUCUCCUGUCCCUCUGCCUGUUUCACGGAAUUGGCAUCGAGCGCAGGAAGUUCGGGCCUCUGGGGUUCAACAUUCCAUACGAUUUCACUGAUGGAGACCUGCGCAUCUGCAUCAGCCAGCUGAAAAUGUUCCUGGACGAGUACCAGGAAACUCCUUACAAGGUGCUGAAGUACACAGCGGGUGAGAUCAACUAUGGCGGUCGAGUGACGGAUGACUGGGACCGCCGCUGCAUCCUCAACAUCCUGGAGGAUUUCUACUGCCCUGCUGUCCUGGAGCCGGCACACAGCUAUUCGCCCUCAGGGGAGUACAAGCAGAUCAGCACCGACCUGGACGUGAAGGGGUACCUAGCAUAUAUCCGUGGCUUGCCGAUCAACGACAGGCCAGAGAUCUUCGGGCUCCAUGACAAUGCCAACAUCAGCUUUGCCCAGAAUGAGGCGUUCACUCUGCUGGGCGCGGUGGUGCAACUUCAGCCCAGGGCUGCAGCCAGCGGGGGCAAGGGUAGAGACGAGAUUGUGGAGGAGAUUGUGGCUGGUAUCCAGGAGAAGAUUCCUAGUCUCAUUGAUGAGGAGGAGGUGAUGACCAAGUAUCCCGUUAUGUAUGAGGAAUCCAUGAACACAGUUCUCAUUCAGGAGGUCAUAAGGUAUAAUAAGCUACUAGAAGUUAUAUCCCAGAGCCUGGUUGACCUGGUGAAGGCUUUGAAAGGCUUGGUGGUUAUGUCAUCCGAACUGGAGCUUAUGUCCAAUAGCCUGUUCAUCAACACUGUUCCAGCUAUGUGGAAUGCCAAGGCUUACCCCUCUCUGAAGCCCAUGUCUUCCUGGGUGUCAGACCUCCUUCAGAGGAUCAGUUUCAUGCAGGGCUGGAUCUCGGAUGGCAUUCCCUCUGUGUUCUGGAUCAGUGGCUUCUUCUUCCCGCAGGCCUUCCUGACGGGAACACUGCAGAACUUUGCUCGCUGUUCUUUAGUCUCCAUUGACACCAUAGGAUUUGACUUCAAGGUGAUGAAGGAAUCGCCUGAAGAACUGAUAGCGAGGCCAGAGACGGGCUGCUUCAUCCAUGGCCUUUUCCUGGAGGGAGCCCGCUGGGACGCCCAGACUGGGCUGAUCGCUGAGUCGCGGCCAAAGGAGCUCUACACAGAAAUGGCCGUCUUCUGGUUGGUGCCUGUUCCCAACCGCAAGGCUCCGUCCUCGGGCAUCUACAUCUGCCCCAUCUACAAGACCCUGACGCGUGCUGGAACUCUCUCCACAACGGGUCACUCCACCAACUACGUCAUCUCUGUGGAGCUGCCCACCGACCGCGCCCAGAGGCACUGGAUCAAACAGGGCGUGGCACUAAUCUGUGCGUUGGACUACUGA